AUGGAUGCUUUGGGAGAGGCGCUUUCCUGCCCAGUGUGCUUGGAGCUGUUCACUCCACCAGUGCUGGUCCUAACUUGUGCUCACAACUUCUGCAAGCAAUGCCUGGAAAAGAUCCUCAUCCGCCAGAACUGCAAUCAUGUUAAUGGACAGUUCUGCUGUCCUAUGUGCAGGAAAGUCAUAUAUUUGAGGGGCAGAGGAAUAAUUGGAUUACCGAGAAAUAUUCUGGUUGAAAGUAUAUUGGAAAAAUUUAAGGAUGAACUUGAAAACAUUCGUGCCCAGGAGCAAAACCAGCUAUCCCAAAUAUGUGAAGAACACGGGGAAAAUAUGAAUUUGAUGUGUCUGACUGAUGAUGAACCAAUUUGUGCAAUCUGCAAGCUCUUUGGAAACCAUGAGCAUCACAGUGUUGCAAAAAUGUCUGAAGCUUACACAGCAAGAAAAAUGACUUUUAUUAAAGAUAUAGACUUGUUGCUUCAGAAAUCUGAAGGCACAGUACAAGCUAGGAAGGAAACAGAAAAGCUGAUCAAUGAACUCCUAUCCAGCACUACAGACACCAAAGUGAUGAUUGACACAGUUGGGAUCAGUUUACUUAAAGGGAUAAGGUGCAGAAUUGCAGAACUGAAGACAAAAUUACACAAGGACUAUUCAACAAAAUUAGAAAAACUGCACCUAGUAGAGAGUGAAACUGAAGCCCCCAGGCAACUUUAUCAACAAAUGAAGACUCUUUUGGAAGAACAUUCAAAUUCAGUACAAUUUCUUCAAGAGGAUAAAAAACUCAGGAGCAAGAUGGAAAAACUUAUAGAAGGAAGGUCAUUGUAUCAGGAUCCAUCAAAGUAUAAAAUUUCUGUGCAACGAUAUUUUGAAGAAUUGAUCAGAGGAAUCAACAUCAAGGAUUAUAUCUCUACUACAUCAGAUGAAAUGCUUGCAAAUACUAGUGACCUGUAUGAAGCACACAGGCCAGAAUGCCCUGCUUUUGCUUUUUCAGGUGAAAGUCCUGAUCAGUCUUUCUGCAAAAGAGUAUUAGGCUUAUUUGAGAAAUCAGGUAGCAAGGAGCAAGAUCUUUUCACAAAAGCAUCUUGCCCUGACUGUAGCAGUACACCAGGUACUAGCAUUGAUUCGUCAUUCAUGAAAGAUUAG